AAACACAUGACUUGAGGUACUCCGGCUAGAAAGACAGACGAAUGAACCGUAGCUCUGAAAUUGCGUUUCAUUUAAGGUUUCUUCCAUACAUUUUCCGGUACGGUGCAAAAUGAAGUUCGGUUGUUUAUUUGCGGUGUUGUGUCUCGCAGUCGGGGCGAUUGCAGGAAAGUAUUCUAGAGAAAUGAACGACCAGAAACCGUCCAUGGACGGCAAGAACACGGUGGAAUUUAGGAUAGCUAAACUCAACCAGGUGUGGGAGAAAGCGAUCAGGAUGCAGUUACCCCCAGUGCGUCAGGCAGAGCUCCACAGUGAUCUGAAGAUCCAGGAGAAAGAUGAACUACAGUGGAAGAAGACUAAGGCAGACGGGAUGGAUGAGAAUGGAGAGAGAGAGGCCAAGCUACGACGUGGCUUCAACGUGAUCCUGGCUAAGUAUGGGAUGGAUGGGAAGAAGGACACCAGACCUCUAGAAUCUAACAACCUGAAGGACCAUGACUUCAGACAAGGAGACAUGUUUGACGACCCCAGACUGGACAAACUGUGGAAUAAGGCUAAGAGUUCUGGUAAGUUCUCAGAGGAGGAGAUGCAGAGUCUGAAGAGGGAGUUUCAACACCACAAGGACAAGAUCAGCGAGUAUAACAUCGUCAUGGAUACCGUCAGCCGCACGGAGGAGAUCCAUAAGAAUGUGAUCUCUCCAUUAGAAGGGGAAGUUAAAGAACAUGUCCUGCAUCAGAAACACACCGACCUGAAGGACAAGAUGAGGGAUCUGAACCAGGGCUUUGAACGCCUGAGGAAACUCAGCCACGAGGGCUUCAGCGAGGACAGCGAGUUUAAGGAGCCCAGGGUGAUAGAGCUGUGGGAGAUGGCACAGAGAGCCAACCUGACUGGAGAUGAACUGGACUCACUCAAGGAGGAACUGAAGCACUUUGAGACCAAGGUGGAGAAGCACAGCCACUACCAGGAACAGUUGGAGUUAUCCCACCAGAAGCUGAGACAUGUAGAAGCUCUAGGAGACAACGACCACAUCCUGAGAAACCAGGAGAGAUACAAUAACCUGGCAGAGAAGACCAGAGAGAUGGGAUACAAGAUGAAGAAGCACAUGCAGGAUUUAAACAGCAAGAUCUCCCGUAAAGGACUCGACCGUAACGAACUGUAACAGACUCCUCAGACGUGGCUCUGGGGGCGACAAUAGAAGGCUGUGUGUUUUCAACAUUACGACUGGUUUUCCUCAACAACAAAUGAAGUCUGCUUUGGGUUUUCUUGCCACAGUGCUUCAGAGUAUGACAACGCUGGUGUCAUGACAACCCUACGAUGUACUGCUAAUCUGCCUGUCCACACACACACACACACACACUCUCUCUUUUAACACACACACACACAACUUCCAUCCACAUUGCUCUUUUGUAGACCGCUUUAAAGAAAUCAGUGUUUUUCCAUGUAAAUCUAAUUUGUGAUUAUGUUCCAUUUUAAUAAUGAUGAGCCUGUCUGUAUCUCAAAUGGCACCCUAUUCCCUACAUAGCACACUACUUUGGACCAAGGCCCUAUGGAAGUAGUGCACUAUGUAGGGAAUAGGGUGCCGUUUGGGAAGAAACGUGUCUUUCAGUGUCCUGGGAGCCACUACUGGUUAUGUGUAAAUAUGUGUAUAUGCUUAUUGUAGGUACAUCUGAUUCUCAGUGGACCAAAUGGUACCCUAUUCCCUAUAUAGUGCACUACUUUUGACCAGAACCUCAUAUGUUCUUAUUCAAACAAGUAAUAACAUUGACUAACAAUUUUAUUAUGAAAGUAUUUGAGACAACCACAUAUUACCACCAUCAAAACCUUCUGGGGAGAUAGCUGCUAACAGCGAGACUACAUCACCAUAGAAGCGCAUUGUAUCAGUGGAUUUGACUAUCACCAUAGUAACACCUAGUAACAAUGGAUUUGACUAUAUCACCAUAGUAACACCUAGUAGCAAUGGAUUUGACUAUAUCGCCAUAGUAACACAUGGUAUCAGUGGAUUUGACUAUCACCAUAGUAACACCUAGUAUCAGUGGAUUUGACUAUCACCAUAGUAACACCUAGUAACAAUGGAUUUGACUAUCACCAUAGUAACACCUAGCAUCAAUGGAUUUGACUAUAUCACCAUAGUAACACCUAGUAACAAUGGAUUUGACUAUAUCACCAUAGUAAACCUGAGCAUCAGUGGAUUUGACUACAUCACCAUAGUAACACCUAGCAUCAACGGAUUUGACUACAUCACCAUAGUAACACACAAUAUCAAUGGUAUUUCAACAAUACCGGUAGCUUGAUAUCAGCAAAUCUCAAGAACUCCUCUGUGACCUUUGGCCUAAUGGUGGUUUCCAUCCUAUCUGGCAACUCGGUUAGGAAGGACGCCUGAAUCUUUGUAGUGACUGGGCGUGUUUAUAUUCAAUGUCUGCUUUUUAUUUUUUAUUCAUCUACCAAUCGGUGCCCUUCUUUGCGAGGUUAUUGUUAAACCUACCCUGGUCUUUGUGGUUGAAAUUCGCUGCUCGAUUGGAAGGACCUUAACAAUUAUCUGUAUGUGUGGGGGGUUACAGUGAUGAGGUAGUCGUUCAACAGUCAUGUUAAACACUGCUCUCGCAGACUAAGGGAGUCCAUCUAACUGAUGUGACUUUUUAAGUACUUAUUUACUACUGCACUUAAUUAGCCUUGCCGUAACAAUGGGGGUUGAAUACUUAUUGACUCAAGACAUUUCAGAUUUGUAUUUAUUUGUCAAUAAACUAAUCUAAAAACACAA